GCCCGCGGCGUCCCUCUUCCACGACGCCGAGGUGCAGGAGGUUGCCACGGAGAGCAUCAUGCUCGUCGGCGCGGACAUCUUCAGGCGUGCCCACGCGCGAGAUUCAGAUGAAGUUGGGCAAGCACGUAAGGCAUUGGCCUCCUUGCGUCGCUGUGGCCUACCAGAUGAACAUGAUCUGGUCGUGCGCGCCCGUGUUGCCCUCACUACAGCGGAGGCAGCUGAGCGGGCACGGCGCACACCAGAUGAUAUGUUGCGCAGCGCUUUGGACCGUCAAAGCGCCAAAGGACGUGAAGUUGAGCAGCUCAAAGAAAGCAUGGACACACUCAAGGAGCAAUACGGCGCCAAGGUCGAAGAGCACCGUGUCGCCAGUGAGGAGCUCGACAGUAUCAAGUUGGAGGUGGCCACGGCACGUGCAGCAGUCAUGGGCACAGCUCGGCCAGCUCCAGACGGGACGACAGUGUCGGACGCAAUGGACAGGUUGCAGCAGGUGUUUCUGGGUGCUCCAUCGGCGCUUGCAGCAUAG